AUGGCACCGCAUAAUUCGUACAGUGCAGUGAGUUCCUUGCCACGUACAGGCCUCGCGCCACUCCUGGCUGGGCUCGAUAUCCCCGGGGAAAUCCAGUUACCCAACAGCUCCAUCGUCCAAGUCGGCCACGGAGAACCAGUGUACCGGGUGAUCUUCAGGACGGCGCAUUCUCUGCGCACGCCAAUGACUGAGCUGGGAGUCGGCAAUGCCUUUGUGAAAGGGCAUAUCGACGUUGAGGGUGAUCUCGGUGUCUUGUUCGGCGCUCGGUCGCGGCUUCGCGAGGAGGUUCCACUGCGUCAGAAGAUUCAGUUCGUCUGGGACUUCAUCAGAACCACGACGACGAUGAACGCCCAAGCGAUCAGCAAGCACUACAGCCGCGGCGAUGACUUUUACCUGACGUACAUUGACAGGCGAUAUCGCUUCUAUUCGCACGGGCUGUUCCACAGACCAGACGAAUCGAUCGAAGAGGCAUCGGAGCAUAAGUUGGAGUCAAUGUGGGAGGGACUCGGCCUCAAAAGGGGAAUGCGGCUGCUCGACAUCGGUGGCGGAUGGGGUGGUGUCACACAGUAUUGUGGUGCGAGGGGUGUGCACGUCACCACACUCACCAUCGCACCGGACUCGGCCCAGUAUAUUCGAGGCUUGAUACACGAACACGCUUUGCCAGGUGAAGUUUUCCUCCAGGACUUCCUCGAGCAUCGACCUCAAGAACCGUAUGACCACGCCGUCAUUUACGGUGUGAUUGAACACCUCCCCAACUAUCGCCGCUUCGCGCGUACAGCUUGGGGUAUGCUGAAGCCGGGAGGCCGACUAUACCUUGACGCUUCAGCAGCGAUAGAAAAGUACGCCGUCAGUUCAUUUUCGAGGGACUAUGUGUGGACCGGCACUCAUUCAUUCAUGACCCUCCAGGAUGUCAUGGCGGAGUUGUUGUACCACGGAUUCGAGAUCCUGGACGUCAGGCGAGAGACCAAAGACUAUGAGUUGACAAUGUUGGAAUGGGCAAGGCGACUCGAUGCCGCCAAAGACGACAUUAUCGCAGGAUGGGGAGAAGAGACUUAUCGUAUAUUCCGUCUGUUCUUGUGGGGCGGCACUCAUGCUUUCCACACAAACAGCUUACAAGCGUACCAUCUGGUUGCUGAGAGGACACAUUCCCAAGGGCCACGACCAUCAACGUUGCGCCGGAUUGUCCAAUUCGUUGGCAACCUGUCUUGA